UCGUCACAUCUCCGUUGCUUUUAUUGAUUUGUGCUCGGUCUUGUCUCGGUGCUCUCGCGAAAUAGUAAUUGUGAAAAGAAAUAAUGGCGAGCCAGACCCAGGGAAUCCAACAGUUGUUGGCUGCUGAAAAGCGCGCCGCAGAAAAAGUCUCAGAGGCGAGGAAGCGGAAGGCGAGACGGCUGAAGCAGGCCAAGGACGAGGCCCAGGAUGAGGUGGAGAAGUACAGGCAGGAGCGCGAGCGCCAGUUCAAGGAGUUUGAGGCUAAGCACAUGGGCACCCGGGAGGGCGUGGCCGCUAAGAUCGACGCGGAGACCAAGGUCAAGAUCGACGAGAUGAACAAGCUCGUGCAGACACAACACAAAGCGGUGAUAAAGGACAUCAUCGACCUGGUGUACGACGUGAAGCCGGAGCUGCACGUCAACUACCGCGUCGGACAACACUAGAUUAACGCACAAAUAAUAACUAUUUAAUAAACUGUUACAAAAAUCGCAUCCAAUAACUUAUACAUUUUUCUGAACGUUACGGUAGCGUGUUCCGAACUUCCCGCGCAACAAAUGUCACUCUGACAGGCAGCGCCAUGUUUCAAAAUGGCCGCGCAUUGUAAAUAAAAAGUUUAGCUUGAAAAUGUUGUAUUGCUGUGUUUGUUAUCUUUAAUUAAUGUGUAUGUAUUAAAUCAGCUCGGUAUCAUUCCAUUUGAAGAUCACUGAAGAUCCGCCGCGAGCAGCCAUAUUAACGAACUACUAAGCCUAUGUUGUAUGUUGAAUAUAGAAAUAUUAAUGUUGAAAUUGGUGUUUAUAUUAUACUUACUUACUGCUUAGAUUCAAAUGGAAACUGGUGUGUACAGUAUUAGAGCAAAUAUAUUGAUGUAAUGUUGAA